UUUAUUCCAUAUUUUAUCUCUUUGGAGUUCGUCGCUCGCUCCGGCUCUGGGACUUAUCAAUUUUGAGGACCUACCUCCGGCCCGGGCGCUCCACCUCCUCGGCGUUGGCCACCCUUUGAGAAUUUUCUCCUCGCUAAUUGCUCGAAACCCUCGAAUCGCGACGUCCACGCAGGUUGUGAUACGCUCCGCGCACUCAUCGCUUACAUCCAGAUAAAGUUUCCUCUUCGCGUUUCCAGUAGGACUCGACCCGCCCUCAGUCAACUUAUCGGCUGCACUUUUGGACGACUCGAAACCUGACGGACGUUCGGAUGAGUGUCGGGUGGAUCUUGAUGUUUCGUUAUUCAUGAUCAGGAAACGAAAAAAAGUGAACGAUAAAGUGCAUUUAUUGGUGUUCCGCGAUUCGUGGGAUUGUUUAUUUAUUGACUAAAAAUCGAUCGUUAGUUGAUUUAGUAUCUACAUCAAUUUUAAUCUUUUUAAAUCCAGUGAUGUGACUGCAUAAAUUGUUCCAUUGUCCUCAGAAUUUCAUUCAUUCAAGUUUCAUUCAUUUCCCUUUUACACCCACCGCACAGUGAUACCACUCGCUUUUUUGUUCAGAGAAAGUCAAUACCUACAACCUCCAGGAAUAACUCAAGUGCUAUUUAUCGAGUUGAAAAGAAUUUAAAUUCAAUAAAAUUGGAAAUUCAGUGACAAGUGGUUACGAGCAAUUGUGAUCUCUAUCUUCGUGAAACAUCGAUUAUGGGUCUUGAUUUUGUGGAAAAUGACGCGACUUUCGAACAUGCAGUUACUUGUGCUGAAUUUGGUAAAUUUCACUACUUCUUGCUGGCGGUCUGCGGUUUGAUUUACGCCGAUCUUGCAAUCGGAGUCACAAUCAUAUCAUUCGUGCUCCCUUCGGCAGAAUGCGACUUCCAGCUCACCUCACAGGACAAAGGAUGGCUCAACGCAGCACCCAUGUUCGGGAUGCUACUAGGUUCCUAUUUUUGGGGAUGUCUAGCCGACACUCAGGGUCGAAAAGUUGUUCUAGUGGCAGCUCUCCUGAUGGACGGUAUCUUCGGACUGCUCUCCAGCAUAUCUCAAUUCUCCAGUCUCUUCAUGGUCUGCCGAUUCUUCAACGGAUUCGGAAUAGCCGGAGCAAUGGGAAUCUGUUUCCCUUACCUCGGAGAGUUUCAACCGACAGAAUUCAGGGAGAAAGUUCUUAGCUGGAUGGAGUUGUUCUGGACCUUCGGAAUCAUCGCAUUACCAGGUAUCGCGUGGCUGAUCAUCCCGCUGCCGAUCCUGUUCCAAGUGCCGCACUUCAAGUUCGCCUCGUGGAACCUGUUCAUCGUGGUGUGCUCGAUCCCGAGUCUCAUCCUGGCCGUGUGGCUUUGCUUCUUCCCCGAGAGCCCCAAGUUCCUCCUCGAGUGCGGAGAGCACGAGAAAGCCCUCGACGUCCUCAGGCACGUCUUCUCCGUCAACACCGGAGUCCCUCCCGAUGAAUUCCCGGUUGCAAAUUUGAAAGAGAGGGCGCCCAGAGUUAGUAUCAUAAGUAUCCAAUCCAAACGAUCUGUCAGGAGCGUCAAAAGUGUCAAAUCUCCGAAGGACGUGAAACUUCUUCUGCGAGAGGUCGGAUACCAGACGUUGGAGCUCUUCUACCCACCUUACCGAAAGAACACUAUCCUCGCCUGUUUAAUUCAGUUUGGAAUCACCUCGAGCUACUACACUUUGAUGCUGUGGUUCCCCGAGCUAUUCAACCGUUUCGACCACUAUGAGAGGGAACACCCGCACAGUCCUUCCGUGUCUGUGUGUGAGGUAUCGUCCGUCUAUGUCUCCUCCAAUUCCUCCCAUACCAUCAACGCCAUCGAGCAUUGCACGGAAACCAUCGACAGCUCUGUCUUCUCACAUACUUUGAUCAUUGGCCUCGCUUGCAUUCCGACCAGUCUGUGGCUCCCGCUUUGCGUCCAUAAACUCGGCGCCAAAUUUUUCCUGGUGUUCUGUAUGUUGGUGAGCGGUGGAGUGACCGUAGGCCUGUACUUCGUGCAGACAUCUAACCAGAAUCUCCUCCUAUCGUGUAUUUUUGAGGCUCUAACUAGUUUAGGAAUUAGUGUGGUGUAUUGCAUAAUGGUCGACCUUUUCCCAACUAAUUUAAGGGUAAUGGCUGCUGCUCUCUCGGCGACAAUUGGUAGGGUUGGCGCCCUUCUAGGCAAUUUGGUUUUUGGAUUUUUAAUAGAUACAUUCUGCGUCGUGCCGAUCAUGUUAAUGGCAGCACUUUUAUUUAUGAGCGGUAUACUUGCGAUGUUCUUACCUGCUACAGGAAAAGAGGACUUGGACUGAAGGAUGAGUGUAUACCUACAGAGGAAGUUGAAGCUCCAAUGAAGAAAUUAAUUUUUUUAGUACAUUUAUAGCUCUUGGCAUACUUGAUGAGUUUUCUGCAUCAAAAUCAACCUAUCAUAGAAUCGAAGGUAAAAGAAUGCGACUCCCUUCAUACAUUUCUUGAUACACUCCUUGAGAGCAUUUAACUUUUGCUCUUUAUUUUCAAAGUGCCGGCAAAACAUUCCUACUCCAUUACUCAUCAAUAACUCGGCGAUUUGGGAUCAUCCAUCCUCUAUUACUUAGUAGAAGACCCAAAAAAAUUUUUUUACAGACGAAUAGAGCAGUAAAAUUUUGAUUAAUAUCUUGAUUAGUUUGAAAGGUGCUUAAAAUUGUAAAUAUUAGCCUACCAAUAACUAGUGAUAAGUCGAGCUCUCUGUUCGGUACAAUUCCUCAAGUGGCAUGUUAUGAUUUGGACAACAUUUUGCAAUUUGGGACCAUAAUUUCUAGCUCAUUCGUAAAGACACUUAUGUGCAUGGGGAAACUAAUGGUACAUACGUUGUCUCUAAACUGAGCCAGAAAUUAUAGUUCCUAAUUGCAAAAUAUAGUCCAUUUGAAUACCUAGGCCAGUCUUGAGUAAACAAUUUCAUCAACCCCACCCUCAUUCAUUUUACCUGUGUUAAUUUUAUUUUAAUUAUAUGUUUAUUUAAUUACCUAUUAGAGGUGAAACCUGUUGGCCUUUACUCUAAAUGCCUUUAAAAUCUGUUUUGGUUUUCGCAAUGUUGAGAGUAUUUUGCCCAAACCUAGGAAAUUCUUGGCAAUCCUUUCCUUAAAAUAAUGUUUCCAUUCUGAAUAUGAGUAAUUUCUGAACUGAUUGAUACCAGGACAUUAUCUAAGUGGAGGAACUCCCCGUAAACUUUAGUCAAUCAUGGGUAGAAAAAUUUUCAAUCUCAAUAAGUACUUGGAAACAGAAAUGCUAUUAACGCAAGUUUUGGAUGAUUUCAAACAGAACAAAAUAUACUCCAAUUGUCAUAAACGUUCACAAGAACAAAAUACUGACUGCUUAAAGUAGUUUUCUCAACAUUUGAAUGUAGUUUAAGCUCAGUUGUGAUUAAUUUAUUUAAUUUUGAAGGAGGUUUGCUUAAGAAGACAAAGUCCCGAGUAAUACGGAUGCAUGUUUUACCAAAUCCGAUAUGUACUACAGAAUGACCAGAAGAGUUCAUUUACUUUACAAUGUAUUGCAAAAACGAAUGCUGAUUAAAUUAGAAUGAAAAAAGUUUGUCUGUUGUUUGGAUAGUCAUUACUUUCAUUCUUCACAAUAGUGUAUUUAUUAUUAAUUUACUUGUUAAUUAUUUAUUUCAUGUGUAAGUUAGCCCCAUCAGAUUCAGAUUGAUAUUUUAAUUUCUAUCGCCUGUUUUUUUAAGUUUGGAUGUUUUUUUUUUGGCUGCUCAAGUGUUGUCAAUGACAGAUUGUAGAUUAACAGUAAGUUCAACUACCAGUCGUAAUAAGAUCAUCUUCCGCACCCUUUUCCUGCCUUGUGUGAAUUGCUCUUUCCGUCCAAAUAAUUGAAUUCAAGUAUUUUUGUCCUCCAGCAUUCAAGCAUCUUACACUUGGAUCUGCACUUCAAGUAAUAAGCCUUAGGAAAAUUGAAAAGUGUUGUAGAAAAAGGUGCUACUACCGCUGUCAUACAGUUUAAUUGAACGUAUGCGCCUUAUCAUCCAUUCCAAUGAUGAUGCUGAAAGCACCAAGAGAGUUUAUUAAUGGAUUUAGUUGUACAUGAUAGUUUGUAGCUCGUAUUUUCAUCAAAAAAAAUGUUUAACAAAAUGACGAUACUCUCUACUACAUGCUCCUCUUCAAGGAGCACCGGUUCCUUCUAUUUGAAAAGGCUGUCGCAAUUUAUUAUCUUUUCCUAUUUCGUUCAAAAAAUAUCUGGCCACUCCUGUACUUGAUCCUCGCGCACGGGCACAGUUUCAUUUCCAUCAAUUUGUCUUGCUUUGUAAAUAAUUUAGCGUAAGUAUUUAUUAAUUUAAACGUACUAGACACAUCAAUGACCCUACUGAUAGGGAGAAACAUGAUGUUCAUUUGUGUCAUAAGGUAAUUGUUAAUCUUGUUUUAUCAUUUGUGUAUGCAAAGAGGUCUGUGAUCAUUGUUCAUUGCAGAAAAAUAAAGAAGUUUGUUCUGCUCGUUUUAGAGUAAACAUCAAAUAGAUUUGCCAGCUUUUGAAGUGUGACAGGGAAUCUGCCAUCUUGAUUUUUAGAUUGAAAUUAGAAAGUAAUGGUGAGGAUAGUUGACCACUUGAGCACUCUAGAGGUCAACAAAUUUACAUGACAUUCACUCUACCUUUGUUUACUCCAAUAUACAUUAAAGAGACAAAAAGAUAUGAUACAUUUGCCUCAUUCCAAAUUUCGGAAAGUAAUCCAUGAGAGUUAGGUUUGCAUAUUUUUCAAUUUACAACUUAAACUCAAAUACCAUGUGACUUAUCAAUCCUGUCACCUUCCACCCAAGGAAAUGCAUUUAAUUUUCAUACCUCUUCAAUUCAUUUUUUUCAUUCAUUAUUUGUUCGCUGUAAUGAUUCACUUCAUACAAAAAUAAUGGACGUUGCUACCUUUAAAUUGUUAUAAUGUGAAUAAAAAUUUACCGUCUUACAUCAGACCACUUUGAUGUUUCCGGGUUUUUCUAAGUUUUAAACAUGUCUUCUUUUUUCCCUACUAUUGUGAACAAAGCAAAAACUAGUAAAUAAUUUAAGUAAUA